CAAGACAUUCGUUCUCUCCGGCAACUUCCGUCCUCCGCGCCCCAUCUCCGCAAAAAAGUUCCCUCCCGUCGCAAUCACACACAACAUCUAUCUUCCCACACAACGCAACCACACACCAGCCGCAUACCCACCGCGCCUUUUACUGCUCACCUCGCAAUCCCCAACUCCUACGAUACGAUGGCCUUCCCCGGCGGCCCUGCCGCCUUGCCCGGCAUGAAUCCUAAUGCCGGCAUGUCGGCGCAGGAGCAGCAGAUGGUGAAAUAUAUGCAAAUGGGCAUGGAGAGCUGCCUGGGCAAGACGGUGAUGGCGGGCGUGAUGGGCGGGGGGCUGGGCGCGAUGUUUGGCCUGUUCAUGGCGUCGAUGCGCUACGACACGCCAAUGUCGCAACCGCUGCCCGUCGCUACACCCGCUCCCUCCACCUCUCCCUCCACUGCGACACCUAAACCCACUACCUCCGCCGCCGCCUCCAAACCCGCCCCCAUAGCCCCAACAACCCCCGCCUCCCUCUCCGCAACCUCGACCAUCUCCUCCCCCACGCCCCUCGCCGACCUCCCCCUACGCCAGCAGCUCAAGCACGGCCUGCGCGACAUGUACCGCAGCUCUCUCUCCUCGGGGCGCAACUUCGCCAAAGUCGGCGCCAUCUUCAGCGGGACCGAGUGCGCGAUCGAGGGCCUGCGCGCGAAGAACGAUAUCUGGAACGGGGUUGCCGGGGGCUGUAUCACGGGGGGUGUGCUGGCCAGGAGCGCAGGGCCGCAGGCGGCGGCGGUGGGGUGUGCGGGGUUUGCGGUGUUUAGUGCGGCGAUUGAUUCGUAUAUGCGGAUGCCCGAGGACGAGCGGAGUCGGCCGAUUGCUUGAACGAACGAACGAACGAAUCUCGACUACCCGAUGGGAUCGGUUCGGAUAUAGAGGCUCCUCCUCUUAUGGAUGGUAAUACUCAUAGAUGCGGCGAAGAGAUGGGAUGUAAGACUAUUGUACAACGCGGCGGUGCUGUAACGAGCAUACCUAGGUUUCAGAGCCUAGCAUUGGGUUGGCGUUCACGGACACUCUCAGCGGAGCGUACCCAACGGUACUGAUAUUUACAUAUAGAUACAUGUUUUGGGAAUAGAUGGGAGGCUGGGCAAAUGCCUCACAUUACGCAACUUCAAAUCCUUCUGCU